CUUCAUUCUAUCAAUGAGAUCUGCGAGGAGGCUCUACCGAAAAACACAAGAUGAAGAAGCAGUUCAACCGAAUGAGACAGCUCGCCAACCAAACAGUGGGCAGGGCUGAAAAAACUGAAGUACUGGGUGAAGAUCUGCUGCAGGUGGAGAAACGUCUGGAGCUGGUCAAACAGGUUUCCCAUAGCACACACAAGAAGCUGACCGCCUGUCUGCAGGGGCAGCAGGGCGUGGACGUAGAGAAGAAAUCAGUCAGAUCACCUUCGAAGAAGCUUCCACUCACAACGCUCGCACAAUGUAUGGUGGAGGGGGCGGUUGUGGUCGGGGACGAGUCUUUACUGGGGAAAAUGUUGAAGCUGUGUGGCGAAACGCAAGAAAGACUGGCUCAAGAACUGAUCCUGUUUGAACUCACCAUCGAGAGGGACGUGGUGGACCCGCUGUGUGAACUGGCAGAGGUGGAAAUCCCAAACAUCCAGAAACAAAGGAAACAUUUAGCAAAACUGGUCCUGGACAUGGACUCUGCACGCACACGGUAUUACCAGUCUACUAAGUCAUCUGGGGUUUCCACCAAUCUGCAGCCAACAGGAGCCAAGGCUGAUCACCUCAGGGAAGAAAUGGAGGAGGCAGCCAACCGAAUGGAGAUCUGUAGAGAUCAGCUGUCAGCAGACAUGUACAGUUUUGUGGCCAAAGAAAUCGACUAUGCAAGCUACUUCCAGACACUGAUAGAAGUGCAGGCAGAGUACCACAGAAAGUCCUUGGAGCUGCUGCAAAGUGUUCUUCCUCAGAUCAAAGCUCAUCAGGAGACCUGGGUGGAGAAACCGUGCUAUGGAAAACCAUUAGAGGAGCACUUAGUGCUCAGUGGGAGAGAUAUUGCCUUCCCCAUUGAAGCCUGUGUCACUAUGCUGUUAGAGUGCGGCAUGGAAGAGGAGGGUUUGUUUCGAAUUGCACCUUCUGCCUCAAAACUGAAGAAGCUGAAGGCAUCUCUAGACUGUGGCGUGCUGGACGUUCAGGAGUACUCUGCAGACCCACACGCCAUCGCAGGUGCUUUGAAGUCCUACCUGCGUGAGCUCCCAGAGCCAUUAAUGACCUUUCAACUGUACAGUGACUGGAUCCAGGCGUCCAAUAUCCAAGAUCAUGAAAAGAGACUCCAGGCUUUGUAUGCUGCUUGUGAGAAACUUCCUCCAGCCAACAACAACAACUUUAAGUAUUUGAUCAAAUUCCUGUCCAAACUGACUGAAUACCAGGAUCUAAACAAGAUGACUCCUGGAAACAUUGCUAUUGUCCUUGGACCCAACCUGCUGUGGACCCAUAAUGAUGGCAACAUAACAGAAAUGAUGACAACAGUUUCCCUUCAGAUAGUGGGCAUUAUUGAGCCAAUCAUCCAGCAUGCUGACUGGUUCUUCCCAGGAGAAAUUGAGUUCAAUGUCACAGGCAACUAUGGAAGUCCUGUGCACACCAACCACAAUGCCAACUACAGCUCGAUGCCAUCACCAGACAUGGAUCAGACAGAUCGGAGGCAGAAUGACCAGAGCAGACGGCCGCUAAGCGUCGCCACAGACAACAUGAUGCUGGAAUUCUAUAAGAAAGAUGGCAUUAGGAAGAUACAAAGCAUGGGUGUCAGGGUGAUGGACACUUCUUGGGUGUCACGCAGGGGCUCUUCAUCUUCUCGUAAAAGUUCCUCUACACCACCGAAUGUGCACCCCCCAACCCCGCCCGCUGAUGCAAUCAUCCCCGAACAGCCUGGGGAUUUCUAUGUCUCCCCUUCCCCAACCCCUCCUCCCACUAGCAGCGACCGAGCCAGCACCUUGAAGAACAAGGAGUUGUCCCCAGUUAUUGGACAGAAGGGGCUCCAAGGAACAGUGCCCUGUAGUGGACAGUCACAGCACUCUGAACACAGCCCUCACAGCCUGAGAAGAGCAAAAAAGCUUGCCCCAAUCCCACCUAAAGGUCCUUUUUGCCAGAUGGGAGCCAUGUCUGACCAGUCAACGGGUCAGCCGUCUCCUGUCAGCCUAUCGCCAACACCUCCGAGUACCCCUUCCCCUUACGGCUUCAGCUAUCCACAAGGAUAUGCCACUAUCAGCUCACCAUGUCAGACGCAAACAGCCACCACUCCUUCUCUGUCCUCACCACCCUCUCUGGCUGGCACCCUCAACAAGCCCAGGCCGAUUCCAAAGCCGCCCAGACAGAGACCCAACUUACCUCCUCCUCAACCUCCUAGUACACCCGGUACUAGUCCUCAGCCUCUGGACCAUUCAUCAGGUCUUCUAGACGGUUUGUCUCCUGGAGAAAGUAUGUCCACAGACACAUUCUGCAACUUGGACAUUCCCGUCAUCGACAUGGAACUGGAAAGUAUUCUAGACUUGGCCCACAUCUCCCCCUUCAGGAACUUGGUGACGCUACUUGAGUCGACUAACAGCAGAGCAGACUCUGAGGAGGAAUCAGAGAGCACAGUGCUUUGACGCCGCAGAGUUCCUGCUCUCCAGAUGAAACACUGAACGAGUGCUGCACAAGCUCCCUCAUCCGUUUUCUCCUCUCCAGCUGGAUCUCUCUAGGUCACAAAAGGUCACUGGACCCCCAUCACACAUCAUUUGCUCUCGAUCCAGCUGGCUGAUGUGAAAACAAGCACUUUCAAUGUGUUUGUUUUUUGUGUACAUCAACAGAGUAAUAUUCAUUUUUCAGUUUUAUCUAAAUGUUUUGCCUUAGUCGAUUCUGUUGCAAUAUUGCCUUUCAACGUUACAGUCGAGACUGAAACCAGGCUGCUGGAAGGAGAGAUGUUUGCUGCUUCUGCGUCACAUGAAUGAUCUUUAUACAAUAGGACCUUACUGUACAUCUGUCACCCCCCAUCCCCAGACUCCCUCCGUCAUUCUUCAGGGGGGGCAUGUUCAAAUACUUGGCACUGGCCUGUGGUGACCCCACAAUUCUUUCCCAGCUGGGAGUUCACUGUGAGUGUGUCUCAGGAAGUCAUGUGUGUGUGUUUUGUGAGAGUGUUGGGCCUAAACUGGUGUUGUUUUUGUGUUAAAUGAUAUUGCAUUGUUGGGGUCAGGGGUGACAAGCAGGCAUGAUUUUGUAUGAAAAGUUUUAGGAGAAUCACAACAAGGUAAAAAGUUCAAACACAAAUUUCUCCACACCUGCAUUCAGUCUGGAAGUUGUAUUGUUUGUUCUGGACAUUUAUCAAGAGGAUAUAAUAUAAGCAUAAAUAUACUUCAACAAUAAAUAAUAUUUUUAUUUAUAAAAA